AUGCCCAAUAGCAAUACUUCGUUUUCGACGUACACAACGAUGAUGCGGGUCAACAGCGGCGGCCGACCUUAUGCAAAGGACCUGCAUGAUUUAUUUUCAGCGCUUCUCAUUCAAUUACCCCUGACGGACCAUCGUUCACUGUUCCGCACCUACCAUUCGACAUUUACAACGGACGAAGCGGUGGAAAGACUGAAUGACUUGAAAUUUACUCACAUUGUUCGCAGCCCGGAUCCUGCCGACCCUUCACGUCAAUUGGCGACACGAACCACCACCACUUUUAGCAUGUCGCGCGAUAUGGCGAAAACCCUCGGUCAGCAUUUUCUCAACGCACGCCUGGCAGAAAACGUCACAGAUCCUCAAAAUCGAACAAUCAAAGACAAAGGCAUCUGGCAACCGACGCCCAAGGGGAAAUUCAUGAUCCAGGAUUUCAGCCAGCGCGCCCGCGUCUCCAUCAGCCAUAUGCAAGAAACCCUCGCACGGAUUGAAUCGUUCAAAAUUGUUCAAUUUGAACGCCUGGCAGAUACAGAUCAGCUUUCAUUUGCCAGAGCCAAUAUGACCAAUGCAUUCCGAGUCAUGAUGGAUUGGUUACCGACCGACGUGCUGAUGGCAGACGAUGUAGGGGGCAUCAAGGAAAAAUCUUUGCAGGAUUAUAAAUACACAUUUUAUGGCUACCAGUGCUUUGAAUGGAUCAGCGAGUAUACCACGGUGGUGUCACGAGAAGAAGCUGAAAUGAUUGCUUCAGAAUUUGUUCUCUACGGCUGGAUUCACCAGAUCAUUGAUAAAUCGAGUCGAACGAAUGGCGUAAAAGAAGACGCGGUCCUCUUCAAGGCGACUCGGUCUACCCUAUACUAUGUCACCGAGCGAGGCCGCAAAGUGCUUGGUUGGGCCAACGGCAAUGACGAUGAAGAGGCCGAAGUUGAAUCCAAGAAAUCCGUACCGGCUAUGCGUCGUAGCUCCACCAAGACAAGUGGAAUCAAGAACGACUAUGUGAACCGACUCUUACCCACCGAAGAAACCGCGCCGGCUCCAACCAUUCCCACCGCUACUGUGACGGAGAAACGUCAACGAGCGACGUCCAUGGAAGAGAAAGAAGCAUUGAAUCAAGCCUACGAUUUCGGUUUCAACAAGCACAACGCCGGGUCGGCACCAUCGGAAAAGGCAAAGAAAGAAGGGUCCGCGGAAGAAUCGGCUUCGGAGCAAACACUGCGUCAAGGGUCUAUGACACCAAUGGAACGCGCCUUAUCCACAUCGUCGCAUUCGUCGGCGUCUCAGGACAGCGGAUUUGAAGUGAUGGUGUCGUCCCCCGCCAACUCGCGGCCUUCCAGUAUGGUGGAAAACGGUUUCGGUGAAGAUGCCCCCAAAGACUCGCAAUGGGCUCGGUUACGGCAAAUCCUGGAGGACCCUCUUUUACGCAUGUAUUUCCGUGAUUUUAUGAAGGCGAACUUUUGUGAAGAGAACGUGAAUUUCUGGGUGGAUUACUAUAUGCUACGCAAGAAAUUCCGUCACACCAACGGUGAAUGCACCGAGUUUUUAUCGGAUUGCUACGCUAUCUACGACAAAUAUUUGGGCCCCAAUGCGGUGUCGGAGGUGAACAUUGACCAUGCUUUGCACAAGGAAAUUUUAACGUUUGUCGGAUCAACCUUCUCGGUUGUCCCUGGCGAGUGUUCAAGGGAUUUACCAUUCCUGUCUGCGUCUUCGACGGUGAUCCAAGCUUCUGUGGCUAUCAACAUGCCCGCCGGACCUUGCAUCAAGACGCUGCUGCGAAUGUACGAUAAAGUAAACGAACACAUUUGUCGACUCAUGGCUCAGGACUCGGUGCCUCGGUUUGUGAAAACGACCAAGUACCAAGAAUUGAUGGCUCACCAUCCACCGUCACCUUCGAUCAGUCGCGAUCCCUCGCUGGAAACGGUAGCCAGAAUGGUGCCACAAACGGUUUCCGAGACGUCGUAA